CAAAUGAGGAAAAUAAACUCGAGUGGUGUGACAGAGGAUUGAGAGUGAACGGCAUGUGGGCCACACUGUGUCUGAAAGAGACCCAUGGGCGAGAGAGUGAAGAAAAACGGCCGCUAGGGGGCGCUGCAGAAAACGUCUUGUUACCUGUAAACAGAAAAAGUAUCAAACGCUCAAACAAUAAUGAAAAAUAUUUAUUUAGCGUAACUUUAAGUUUCUGCUCUUCUUCAACAAAUACAGACCUUUGAGAAAAAACAUUAAUUUACUUGAAAUAUUUUCAAAUGGUACCCAGCAGGGGUCCCUCACGCCACCCACAGGUGCCAGUUUAUUGAACUGUGUGUGUCACUGUGUGAAACUGUUGCUACUGUGCAUUUAAACCUGUGCAGGAUGUGAUGAGGGCUUUUAAAAAGUGUUCUUGGUUUGCCCUGGAAACGCUGGUUAAUCAUGACAUUCUGUCAGCUUGACAUGAGACCACCUGCCUCCAAAAUUCAUUCAGUCUUUUUUUUCCACACCUCUGUUGUCCCUGCAGUGGAACAGUUACUUUAAUUGGUUUUUGUCUGUUGAGCACACAAAACAACCUCAAUAUUGACCGUAACUACACUAUAAACCAUAACGUCAUUAUAGAUCAUAACUUCAUUAUAGACCAUAAUAUUAUUAUAGGCCAUAGUUUCAUUAUAGACCAUACUUUAUUAUAGACCAUAAUUUCAUUAUAGACCAUAACAUUGUUAUAGACCAUAACAUUAUUAAAGACCAUAACUUUACUAUAGACUGUAACCUCAGUCUAGACCAUAACUUUAUUAUAGACCAUAACCGUAUUAUGGACUAUAACCUUAAUGUAAACCAUACGUUUAGUAUAGACAGUACAUAUACAGUAUAUAUGUAUUUAUGUAUGUGGGCAUACAAACAUAAAUAUAUGUAGUGCAAAUAAAUUGGGAAUAAACAUUUGUGUUUGGAGAAAUGGAGAAACAUUUGUGCAUGGAGAAAUAUGAUGAUUAUUUUGAAUCCAGUAUGAGGGCAGCCAGCCCCAGACAACUACAGAUAAUGAUGAUGAGGAUGACUGAAAUUUUUCUUUGAAGCUCCAUCUCUGAACCAUGUUACUCAAGUAAAAUGUCACUGAAAAUUACAUCCACCACUCAACCUCCAUCCACUCAACACACACACACACACACAGCACACACACACACACCAGUGGUACGUCCUUUCUCCCUGUUACAAUGCUCCAUAACAGUUAUUUCAUCUCAGACCUGUGGAGAACAGUACCAGAGGCUGUUGCUUCAGAGAACACAGACAGACAGAGCAGAAACAAAGCACUUCAACAGAGGUGAGAAUCAAAAUCAUAAUUUCCUCAAACAUCAUACUUCAUCUCAUUUUAUUUUUUUUUAACAUGCAAAGAAGAUGAAGAUGAUGAUGUCAUCAGCCAAUCAAAGUCCAGACUGUGGCCCUGCGUGCAACGAGUCCUAUAGUUCAGAAGGACGAGGGCUACCACUGCUGAUCGACGCCUGGCUGGUGCCCACUUUCUUCGCACUCAUCAUGGUGGUCGGCCUGGUGGGGAACGCACUGGUCAUCCGUGUGGUCACCAAACACCAGCAGAUGAAGACCAUCACCAACUUCUACAUCGUGAACCUGGCUACAACGGACAUCCUGUUUCUGGUCUGCUGUGUGCCCUUCACUGCCACACUGUACCCACUGCCCAGCUGGAUCUUUGGAGAGUUCAUGUGUCGACUGGUCAACUACCUUCAGCAGGUCACAGCACAGGCCACAUGUAUAACUCUGUCAGCCAUGAGUGUGGACCGCUGUUACGUAACGAUCUACCCUCUGCACUCACUGCGGCGUCGUACGCCACGCAUGGCUCUGACCAUCUGUGUCACUAUCUGGAUAGGAUCCCUGCUACUGUCGACCCCUGUGGCACUUUAUCAGCGCUUAGAGGUGGGAUACUGGUACGGUCCUCAGACCUACUGCACUGAGGUUUUUCCCUCACCCCUCCUCCAGAGAGUCUUCAUCAUCUACAGCUUCCUGGCUGUGUACCUGCUGCCUGUGCUCACCAUCACUGCCUGCUACACAUUCAUGCUCAACCGCAUCGGUCAACCUGGCGUGCACCCCAUCGACAGCAGCUACCAGCUCCAGGCUCAGGCAGAGCGAGCAGUAGCAAUGCGAGCUCGAGUCUCCAGGAUGGUGGUGGUGAUGGUGGUGCUGUUCCUCAUCUGCUGGGGACCCAUUCAGGUCUGUAUCCUGCUGCAAGCUUUUGGCCUCCAGGGUUACGUCCUGUAUAAGCUGAAAAUUUUGGGUCACUGUAUGUCGUACUCCAACUCCUCUGUGAACCCCCUGGUUUAUGCCUUUAUGGGCAACAACUUUAGGAAGGCCUUCAAACAAGCCUUUCCUGCCAUAUUUCUGUUGCGGACACGGCGCAGAGUGGGGCACAUAGACUCGGACGAAGGCCGGGAGAUUGAUCCACAGGCACCCAGAGGAGAUACAGAGAUGCACUUUCUUUCAUCUAGCUCCUAAAGGCCACAUUGAAUAUUUGGAAACUCAAACUGCAGUUAGUCGGGCUGCAGAUGAAAAGUACUUUAUACUGUAUAUUCACACAAACAUAGUCUUUACACUGCUGUCAGGGGAACAUGACUAAGAAAUAAUACUGUUAACGAAGUAAAGUCCAAAUUCACAAGCAGUGAGUGUAAAAACGCCCAAAUGAAAAUAUUUUUGUGCAUUUUAUUUCUGACUUUCAAACUUUCAUCAAAUGGGACGGAUUGAACCCCCUAGUGGGCCAAUUUUGGCCGGCAAGCCUUAUGUUCGACACCCCUGUUGUAGAGUGUGUGUGUUUGUAUAGAGUAGGUACGAUCUGAAUAAGUCAGCCCAAUCUCAGUUUAUUAAACCCUGUGGGAGUGCCGCCCCGCACUUUGGAAACCACUGCUGUAUCAGUAUCCUAGCCUGACCACUUUACUUUGCGCUUAAGCCAAAUUAUGAGUAGUUUUUAUGUAUAUGGUUAUUGUUAAAGCUGCACAAAACUCUCAUUAUACUGUGCACUCAGAGAGAGAUAAGAGAUCACGUGAUGAAUGAAACUCCAUCUGAGCCACAUGACCUCCAGCUCUGUGAAGGUUUUCAGUCAUCUGUGAGUCUUCUUUGGACAAACAGAUAAAGACAUGGGAGGGCGAUAAAGUUCCCCUUGAAGAGCUGGUUGUAACUGGAAGACUGUAUAAAUGUAACUACUUUCUAAUGUAUUAAUAAACGUUUCUGCAAUUAAUUAUUAUUUAUUCAAGUUACAAAUAUUGUUCAUUGCUGUGUAAUUUAAAAAAAACCCAUCAGGUUAAGAAACUCUGCAGCCUGGACUUUUAAAGCUCCAGUGGACCACACAAAAUGACGUGGCGGGUCACAUUUGGUCAGUGGACCUUGAGUUUGACAUGUGCCCUAAUCAAUAUACUCACCUUCAGUAUUUUCUGACAUUAAACUGGGUCAAACUGAUACAAAUACACCUGUGAUGCACACAGAACCCUAACAGUGCAGCUGAAGGUCACUACCACUCGAUAUGUGCUUGUUCUCAAACUAUGCUCUGUGUAACUAUAGGUUUACUUGGGUUACAUCUAGUGGUCCAUUCCAAAAUCAGUUUAUUAAAGCCUGUUUAAUUGUAAUCAUAAUCAACCAUUUGCAUUUUAGAGCACGCAAGAGAACGAGCUCAGUGAU